AUGAUCGAAUCAUCGUCAUCAUUCAUCAAAUCUUCAAUACCUCUGUAUCACAAUGCGGUCAAAUCUGUCAUCUUCAAAUGUGCGGAAUUACUUAUGGGGAUCUUUAUCUUCAAACUUUUCUCGCUCGUUGCGGCCCGAUCAAGACAGUUCACAUCGUACCUUAUGUUCACGGAGGAUUAUAUUCAACGAACACUCUACAUCUCAUCUCGUGGCUUAUCGCGAGCGGGACUAGUUGUUCUCACUUUUAGCCUACUCAAUAUUGUCUUUUCACUCUAUGGUACUCUUCUCUGGGCACUAGACUCACCAGGCUAUAUCUUCAAAGCUUCAAAUGCGACAUUUUCUGAUUACAAUUCCCAAAGAAAUGAUGAUCCUCCCUACGUCAUUCAACUCGCUCUCAACAGGACUCUACUUGAGGGUAUUACAGAAAGACUCCCUCAAAUCGUUGGAUCUGAUCUUUUCAAUCCUGGUCUGAACUACACUUUGACCGGAAAAGUUAGCAAUAGACACGGAACUCCCGAUGUUAUCACACCAGCACGACAAGACGGUGUUGGUGCUCGUGUCUGGUUAGACAGUGAAGGAUUUUCAGUUUCCCCUGAUACUAUAUCAAUGUACCCUUCAGUGGGGAAAAUCGGUAACGCCACAUUUGACACGAAAUGUGUCAAAUUCGAUGGAGGCUCUGCUGUCUGGAACUGCACUUUCGAUAACGCCUUUGCAAUGGAGUAUGUACAGAGCGUAACAGGCAAACCUGAGGUGCAUUGGAGUGAUGCUACAGAACUCGAUACACGAUACAUUCUUCCCGAGAGAUUGGACAACAUCUGGGUCUCCGUUGGACAAGGCGGAGGUUCAGCUUUGAUGACACAAGUCUUUACUGUCACUAAGGGGAAGAGGCGACAUGCUUUCUCUCAGGCUACUUUGAAGGUUACUAUGAUAACAAGCCCUGGUGACCCAUUUGCCCGAGGGGAAGUCACUGACCUAGUCCGACGCACCUGGAGUUCCAACGAGACGGAACAAAAGAAUCCUCUUAUUAGCAACAUCAUCGAUGGUAUAAUGAAUGCACAAAAUAACAACCUCAGUUAUAUUUUCGGCGCAAACACAAGCGGUAACAACAACAAAUCGGCUUUUCAAAGCGAGUGGGGCUUUUACACACCACAGAACAACAACAAUAGCCAGUACUCCAUUGUCAGCAUCACCAGCACAAACAUGACUCUUAUUCGAUCUGAAACACUCGACAAGGCACCCGAACCUUUUGAGAAAUGCGAAAGAUCGAACUUUCAGAAUGAGGCGUUUGGUGGGAAGGUGACCAAGACUGAUUGCGCUGCCUCAGAGCCUGCAGUUGGACAACAAGGCUUUUAUGGCCAAGUUGACACUGCUGCUAUGAUGAUCAUACGAGGUUUAGGUGCCUCUCGGUCCAAUGUCAGUGCCGAGUCCCUCGACAACGAUGUCUUGAACUGGAUACGGGACAACUCUGGAACCAUUGAGUCGUUGAUGGUUGCCAGGGGGUACAGUGUCAGCGUCGACCCAUCACUUGUGCAGAUAAGCGUUGACAAAUUGAUGGUGGCCAUGUCUCACCUGCAGCUGGCUCUUAGCUGUUUAGCUCUGUUCUUGGCCAGUGUGAUGUGGCUGGUUCUCAUGGUUGCAACUGAUCCACACUGGACUGGAACCCUCUUGGCAAACUUGGUACAUACAACAUCAGAGCCAAACAAGGCGAAACCAGGCUAUAUAACACGGGUACCAGAUCUGAGCUUAGUACCUAUUGGCCAGAAACGUGUUUUGACAGUGGAUGGCAGGGCGUUAACAGUUGCUGACCUAGCACCUUUUCCUUUGCAAUCUGUAGGAGGCCCAGGACAGUACCCAGGUGAAUUAAAAGGGCACGCCAAUUCCGGAACUUAUCCAGUGGCUUAUCAAGACCUAAAAGCUGGAAGACAGGCACUUUUGUCUGAGUAUUAA